AUGACCCCGGAGGAAUGGACCUACCUGGCCGUGCUGCUUUUCUCUAUCCCCAUUGGCUUUGUCUUCAAGAGAGGGGGACACCAAGUGAAGCAGUUUGGGGGGGCAGCUGUGGGGCUGCUCCUGACGCUGGUCACCUGCAACAUCCACACCUUGCACUCCCUGGUCACCAUCCUGGGCACAUGGGUCAUCCUCCGCCUCUCCCCAAGGUCCUGUCACUACCUGACCCUCGGCUGGACCUUCUCCUACCUGCUCUUCUUCCGGACGGUGACUUUCUUCGGGCUGCCGGCCCCCACCCCCUUCACCAACGCUGUGCAGCUGCUGCUGACCCUCAAGAUGGUGAGCCUGGCCAAUGAGGUGCAGGAGAUCAGCCAGGCCAAGAAGCAGGACGUCACCUCGUUCGCCAAGGGCCCCGCGAUUGGGCUGAUCCCCAGCGUGCCGGGGCUGGGCCCGAUCCUCUGCUACAGUUACUGCUACGUGGGGCUCAUGACAGGCCCCUUCUACCGGUACAGGACCCACCUGGACUGGCUGCAGCAGCCGGACUCGCAGGCCAUCCCCAGCUGGCGCCCUCUGCUGGCGCGGGCCAGGCUGCUCCCGCUCUACGGGCUGCUCUUCCUGGGGGCAGCCCGGCUCUUCCCGCUGGAGUACGUGCGGAGCGAGGCCUUCGCCGCCCGGGCGCUGCCCUUCCGCCUCUUCUACAUGGUGCCCGUCUUCUUCGUCUUCCGCAUGCGCUUCUACGUGGCCUGGCUCUGCGCCGAGUGUGCCUGCAUUGCCGCCGCCUUCGGGGCCUACCCCACGGCCGCCCACGCCCGCCCCGGCGGGGGCCCCACCACCUACUGCCCCAGUGCGGAGGAGGGGGCGCCAGGGGUGGCUCCCCCCACGUAUGACUACGAGACCAUCAAGAACAUCGACCCGUACGGCACCGACUUCUGCGUGCGGGUGCGGGACGGCAUGCGGUACUGGAACAUGAGCGUGCAGUGGUGGCUGGCCCAAUACAUCUACAAGAGCGCCCCCUUCCGCUCCUACGUCAUGAGGAGCGGCUGGACCAUGCUGAUCUCGGCCUAUUGGCACGGCCUGCACCCGGGCUACUACCUCAGCUUCCUGACCAUCCCGCUGUGCCUGGCGGCCGAGGGGGCGAUGGAGGCCGGGCUGCGGGGGCGCCGGGGGGCGGCGCCAGAGUCCGACUGCUCCUGGGGCGCCUGGGUGCACUGGUUCCUCAAGAUGCGGGCGUACGACUACAUGUGCAUGGGCUUCGUGCUGCUGGAGCUGGGCGCCACCCUCCAGUACUGGCGCUCCGUCUACUUCUGCGUCCACCUGGGCGCCCUGGCCCUGCUGCUCCUGGGCCGCGCCCUGCCCCGGCCUGCCCCCCGGGCCCCCUCCACCCCCGAGGGGCCGCACCGCGAGUGA